AUGCCGUCCAAAGAGGAUUUGCUAGCUUCUUUGGAGCAAUUGUACAACGACAGAGCUACUUCAGAGGCCGAAUCGCGCUCUUUGAUGGCGCUGUACAAGUUCCGUGUCUUUGCAGUUUUUGCCACGGCCGUCUUGCUCCUAAACAGGACUGACUCGUCAUUCCCAAUAUCCAGAGCCGAGGGUUAUUUUGCAACGGCUGUUCACGUCUUCGCCCAGUAUCCGGAUCUGCUUUGCGCUGGUGACUCCAGCCAUCUCUGUAACUUGCUGCUGAUCAUUCAGUAUAGCUGUUUCGCAUCAGAUCUCACGGCAGUCUGGCACUUUCUAGGUCUCGCGACUCGGCUAGCCAUCGACCUAGGCUUACAUCAUGAACGACCCGCCACGACAGAGGUUGACCCAGAGGAGAACAAACGGAGAUGGUUGUUCUGGACAACAUACACGUUUGAGAGAACAGUUUGUGUCAUUAUCGACAGGCCAUUCUCCAUCCCCGAUGAGGCCAUCACGACGCCCCUGCCGACACUUCAAGGUGUCGAUGACCCUCGAUUUCUUGCCUUGCGGUUGAUUGAAAGCCGCAGGCUCGAGUCAGAAAUCUACGUGACCCUCCGUCAGAGCUCGCCAAUAAAUGGAGCCGUCCUGGAUUUACCUACGUGGCGUGAAAACAUGCGGCAGCGAUUGAUGGCAUGGCGAGCCUCGGCACCAUCCUCACUCAUGGGGUCAUCUCAACUGGCUCCUCUGGACCUGUACGACGCUCUCCUACACAAAAGUUUGAUAGAUCUUUACUAUCCUUCAACAUCCCCCAUCGACCUAUCGCACCACGAUGUUCUGAUACUUGCAGCAAGUGCCGCGGCAAGCAUCGAGGGCAUUAAGCGAGCCUUUCGCGAUGGUCGGCUACGCUUUUACUGGCGGGCUGCUCAUAAUCUAUUCAGGGCUGGUGUCGCAAUGGUUCUUUGCAUCCACCACCAGGCUGUUCAUGGCUCUCUCAACAUUGACCACGCAGAUAUGGUUACAAGUAUUAACGUAUGCAUCUCGAUCCUAUGGGGGAUGGUAGAAAGGUACCCUCCAGGGAAAGUAUAUCGAGAUGUCUUUGAAGGCCUGUCCAGCUCGGUACUGAGCUCAACUGGACGUUCUCCUGGAAAUGGCCAGGUACAAUCAGGGGCAACUUUACAAGAUGUUUUCACACCAAACUUGAUUGGGGGAUUCGAUCUACCGCAGGAGGUAUUGGACACAUUGAGUAGUGGCUUCGCCGGGUGGGAAUACCAUCAGCCAUAA